AUGUCUCACCAACAACCUUCGUCCGGCUCCGGAAGCUCGAGGUCCUCGCCUCCAGGCGGCUCUAGCUCCCAGACCAACUGGAACGACGUCCUCCGCUACUCGUCCCCCAUCGGGGUGGUCAAGACGGACGUCGUCUACGGGGUCUACAACACCCCGGGCUCGAAGAACGGCCAGGGCUCCUCCUCGUCGUCGUCCGGGCACGGGUCCAGUUCCAACAGGCGGUAG